UCUAAGCGCGCACUGACCCGCGGUUCAGGAUCUUUCCAGUUCGCUGGUUCCAUUGGAUGAAUAGAUCGUUUCACCGGAUACUCCUGCUCACACUUGGGAUCUGCGAUGCAAUCACGGUGAAUGUGACCGUGGAUGCAGAUGGAAUGUCGCAACCACUGAUGCGAUCAGAGAAGGUGCGACACAAGGAGCAAGAGGAGAUUUGCACUUCCGGCGAUUUGUGUGUAGAGAACAAGUGCGCUGAGCAGAUCUUUAAUUCUGCUGAUUGUGCCACGACGAUCGACGGCAUGGCGGCAUGCGCUGGCACACAGGUUUGCGCCAACAAGUCCACAACAGAUGACUCCGGCAACCUGGUGGUGCAGUUCCGCUGCUGUUGUCCCGCAUGCCUUUGAAGUCCUUGGUGCUGCUAAAACGCAGCCCGCAUUACAGCGGGG